UCAGCUUCCGAGGCAGAAGAGCAGAGCAGAGCGGAGCAAAUUGCAAUGGCAGUGAGGAGCUACUCUUCGGGGUCAGAGCUGGCGAACUCGGGGGCUUAUCUCGGGGGCCGGGCUCAGCCCCUGGCUGCCCAGGGCAGGCAGGGAAGGGUGUGCCUCUGCCCACGUUCGAGGCACCAGCAGUGGGCAGGUGCCAAGGAGGAGACCCCGUUGCUGGCUGCCGUGCUCAAGAGCAACCACUUUCUGACAGCAGGAGCCAAGUGCUGCGAAUGUGGGGCGUCCCUUUCCCACCAGUACUACGAGAAGGAUGGACGCCUCUACUGCAAGAAGGACUAUUGGGCGCACUUUGGGGAGCUCUGCCACGGCUGCUCAGAGCAGAUCACCAAAGGGCUCGUUAUGGUUGCUGGAGAACAGAAAUAUCACCCCGAAUGUUUCAGCUGCCUGAACUGCCGGGCAUUCAUCGGCGAUGGAGACACUUAUGCGCUGGUGGAACGGUCCAAGCUCUACUGCGGACACUGUUAUUACCAGAUGGUGGUGACGCCAGUGAUGGACCAACUACUCCCAGAAUCCCCCGGCACCCGGAUCCCGCACACGGUCACCCUCGUCUCCAUCCCGGCCUGUUCUGAUGGCAAGAGGGGCUUCUCCGUCUCCAUCGAGGCUCCACAUGGAGGCUCAGAGCACCCACACACUGUCCGCGUCAGAGAAUUGAACCCCGACUGCAUAAGUCCUGACAUGAAGAACUCCAUCCACAUCGGCGACCGCAUCCUGGAGAUCAACGGCACCCCGAUCCGGCAUGUCCCCCUAGACGAGAUUGACCUUCUGAUCCAGGAGACCAGCCGCCUGCUGCAGCUCACCAUUGAGCACGACCCGCACGACAUGCUGGAGGGCGGUGGCGGCAGCCCCCUCUCGGAGCUGCGAAGCCCCCUCCGCUCCCCCAGCCGCACCCCCUGCCCAGAACCCUCCGCCAUCCGCCAGCGCUCCGUCAUGAGAAGCUGCAGCAUCGACAAAUCCCCCUGCUCCAGUUCCCUGGGCUCCCCUGCCUCGCAGCGGAAGGACAUUGGGCGCUCCGAGUCCCUCCGAGUCGUCUCUCGGCUUCACCGCAUCUUCCGCCCCUCGGAUCUCAUCCACGGCGAGGUCUUGGGCAAGGGCUGCUUUGGGCAGGCAAUCAAGGUGACGCACCGGGAAACGGGAGAAGUGAUGGUCAUGAAGGAACUGAUCCGCUUUGAUGAGGAGACCCAAAGAACAUUCCUUAAGGAGGUGAAAGUGAUGCGAUGCCUGGAGCACCCGAACGUGCUGCGGUUCAUCGGGGUUCUCUACAAGGACAAGCGGCUGAACUUCAUCACUGAGUACAUCAAGGGAGGGACGCUCCGUGGGAUCAUCAAGAACAUGGAUGGUCAGUAUCCCUGGAGCCAGAGGGUCAGCUUUGCAAAAGACAUUGCUGCAGGGAUGGCUUAUCUGCACUCCAUGAACAUCAUCCACAGAGACCUGAACACACACAACUGUCUGGUGCGGGAGAACAAAAGUGUGGUAGUGGCCGAUUUUGGCCUUGCAAGGCUGAUGGUCGAUGAGAAGAACCAGCUGGCCACUCUGAAGAAGCCAGACCGCAGGAAGAGGUACACGGUGGUGGGGAAUCCCUACUGGAUGGCUCCAGAAAUGAUCAACGGCAGGAGCUACGACGAGAAGGUGGACGUGUUUUCUUUCGGCAUCAUCCUUUGCGAGAUCAUUGGGAGGGUCAGCGCAGACCCCGACUACCUGCCUCGGACCCUGGACUUCGGCCUGAAUGUGAGGGGCUUCUUGGACCGCUACUGCCCCCCCAACUGCCCCCCAAGCUUUUUCCCCAUUGCCGUCCGCUGCUGCGAUCUGGAUCACGAGAAACGGCCUUCCUUCAGCCGGUUGGAGCAGUGGCUGGAAGCCCUCCGGAUGCACCUGGCCAUACAGCUGCCCCUCAUCUCCCAGCUGGAGCAGCUGGAGCGGGACUUCUGGGAGACGCAGCGGCAGGCUGAGGGCGGGCUCCCCGCGCACCCCGAGGUCUCAGAAUGAGCACCGGGGGGCUGGAAGACGCCUCCCAUCCUGCUGGGCCAUCCUGCAAGCUCCCCGCGUCCGCCCCCUUCCCCCCCCAUGCCCGCCAGAGCCGGUCUCUGGGUCCAAAGAGGCCACGUCCAUCCGUGGUGCCCUGCGUGGCUGGGAGCUGGUUCUCCCUGCUUCUUUCCCUGGGGGUGGGCUAGGUGGGAUCUGUGCCUGGCAUGCACAGUUGUCGGAAGGGGCACCUUGAAGCUCUUGUAAAUACCCUUGUCUAUGGAGAGGCACCUGGACAAAAACCCUGCAAGGGAAAGGGGGGCGCCCCCUUGCCCCACACUGCCCCCAACUUCUGCCUGGCACGCUUUGUGGCUGCGAAAAGUCUUGGAACACCCCACUGAGCACGUUCCUUCCUGUUACCGGCUGGCUAUUGCUCCACAAGCUAGCGUUGUGUGUGUGUGGUUUUCUUUUGGGGGUAGAGAAUCUCUGGGGUGCCUCAUUCCAGCGCCCCGCAAACAGGCUCUCUUCGCUCCCUGCCUUGGGCAGAGUCUCCCACUCCUGCAAAGCGGUGCCUUCAGGUUUUCGUCGUCCCCUGGUUCUCUGCCCGCCCCCUUUCAUUUGUUCUCUGUAUGUGGGUCACUUUCGCGGGGACGCAGGACUCGCACCUGUGACGCGCAACAUUCAAGGCAUGGCCUGUGCGCUGCCCGGAGCCCGUGUGGUGUCCGUAUCUCUCUGUGCCCAGAUGUGUGUGUCUGUCUGUCUGUCCGUACCCCCUUAGACAGUCUCCUUACCCUGCUGGUGGAGGACCUGUUGUCGCCCCUUAGUUGUGGGUAUUUGGAGAAGUGCUCUCGGUGUGCAUUGUGGGGUGGCAUGAUGCGCUUGACCCCUCCCCUCCAGCCGCUUGUCUGCUCUGCCUCGCCCUUCCACGCCAAGCUGCUGUUCUGCUGGUAGGGAUUCUGUUGUGCUGCGGGGAGUUAUUUGUGACAUCAGCCCACUCCUCUUUUUCCCACGAAGAGCUUUGGGCGCACAGGCUUGCAUCCUCCGGAAAUGCUUCCCAUGUCUGAGGGGGACCCCCACAGCUUAGGAGUGCAGCAGAGCUGGGCCCGGAGGAGGUAGAACUGGCAUCAUCGGGCAUCUCUUGAGAGCCCACACUCUUGCAAGGGGCCCACUGCUAGGCCUCAAGGCCCCCUGGCCUGCUGCUUCUCCUUUCUUUUAGGAGCACCUUGGGGAAGAUGGAGAAGAAUCAUAGAAUUGCAAUUUAGCUGUGACUCCUCCCAACUCUACCAUUCUAGGAGUCAAUAAGCAGCAAAAAUAAGCAUACAGUGGUACCUUGGUUCUUGAACUUUAUCUGUUCCGGGAGUCCAUUCGACUACCGAAACUGUUCAAAAACCAAGGCACA